AUGUCCUUUGCUGGCUCUUUCGCUGCACCUCAGCUUCCGUUCGCCCCUUCCCUCUUGCUUGGAUCCACUGGUGUGCUCGACGGCGGAAUUUCACUCCCUCCGCAGAACUUCCUGAGCAACCGCGAGGAGCUUGUCGUGACUCGCCUUGAUCAGAUUGCCUCAUUGGGUGCUCACAGCCGCAUCAUCGGAGUCUCCCCGCAAGCACUCGCCAGCCUACAGCAGCAGGCCGCCAACGCCGCUCAACCAGCCCCUGCCCAAGUCCAGCCGGGUGUCGCUGCCACUGUUGCUUCAGGGCACCCCACCACUGCACAGCCGCAGACUCCAGCGCAAGCUAUCGCAGUGCCAGCUGGUGUAACGGGCGUCUUGCAGGUCGAUCAAUCGUUUGGUUCUCCUGGCACCGCAGCGCGCUCGCCGCUACUUCCCAAUCCAAGCUUUGCCACCGUUUCUGCCGUCUCGCGUCACCCGUUUGCGCACGACAGGCACGCAUCGAGCAGCGCUGCAGAUCUUGAUCGCGCAUUCACUGCUGACGACGACGAAUCCCAGCUCGACGACGACAUUGACGCCGACGACGACCACUUUGCUGCCUUGUAA